AUGAGCGCACCCGAGCCCCCACCCGCGGCCCCUGCCGAGCCCCUCGCGGCCCCCGAAACCCCCGGGGCCCUGCGAGCGCUGCUUUUGGCCACCGGCGGCGUGGGGGGCUCCUGGCCGCGCUGCGUCCUGCCGUUCGGCGUUGUGGCCCUGGUGACCGGCGCCGCUGCCACAGCCAUCACCUUCUCGCUGCGCGGACCUCGCCUGGACCCGGAGCAGGGCGUGGCGCUGGCCGCGCUGGGCGCGGGCCUCGGGCUCCUGGCCGCCGCCUUCCUGUGCUGGCACGCUCGGCGGCGGCGGCGGGCCGGGCGCGCGGGGCAGCGGGAGCCGGGGACGUCCUGA